AAAAAUGGCCAAAAGAAUUGCCGAGAAGGAAUUGACGGAUAGGAAUUGGGAUCAAGAAGAAGAAGCAGAAGAGGUGGGAACAUUCUCGGUGGCCAGUGAAGAAGUCUUGAAGAAUAGAGCCAUAAAGAAAGCAAAGCGUAGAAAUGUUGGAUUUGAAUCUGAUAGUGGAGGGGCCUUUAAAGAUUUCAAAGGUUUGGUUGUACCUUCUGGAGGAGGAGGAUUUUCUGGAUUUGGUAAUGGCGCUGGAGGGAAGCCUUUGGAAGGACUGUCAAACGGAAACAGUGUAACGAGUGGCCCUCCCUUCUCCAGUGCAAGGACAGCAACCGAGACCAAGGCCACCUUUGGGUCUGUUGCUGUAAAUGGCCCCACCUCCUUGGUCGAUAAAAAGAUUUCAAAUCCCAAAACUAAUGGCGACAGUCAGCAGCCUGCCUCCUCUGGCCUCACCUCCAGUGCCGCCUGCCCCAGGAAUGCCUAUCAUAAGCAGCUGGCGGCCUUAAACUGCUCUGUUCGGGAUUGGAUUGUGAAGCACGUGGAUACGAACCCGCUCUGCGAUCUGACACCUAUCUUUAAAGACUAUGAGAGAUACUUAGCAAGCAUCGAACAGCAACAUGGGAGCGGCGGCAGCAGUAACUCUGAAGGUGAAGCCAAGAAAAUCUCAGCUGAAGCACAGCCGCCUUCCCUGUUUGGGUCACCAGAAUUACAGCAAGAAUCAACAUUUUUGUUUCAUGGCAACAAAACUGAGGAUACGUCUGAAAGGAAGGUGGAGGCUGUGUCUGAAAAGAACAAGGACCCGUCACUAGGAGCGACAAGUGCCUCAUUUAAUUUCGGCAAGAAAAUUGAUAGUUCUGUUUUGGGCUCCUUAAACUCUGGCCCCUUGACUGGAUUUUCAUUUUCUUCUGGAAACUCCAGUUUAUUUGGCAAAGAUAUCACCCAGAGUAAACCAGUUUCUUCACCAUUUCCCACUGAAACGUUGGAGAGCCAAGCAGAAGGCGGCGGCAGCGACCGCAAAGGUGGAGGCGAAGAAGAGAAUGACGAGCCACCCAAAGUGGUCGUUACUGAGGUGAAGGAAGACGAUGCCUUUUACUCCAAAAAGUGUAAACUAUUUUACAAGAAAGACAAUGAAUUUAAAGAGAAGGGUGUAGGCACUCUGCAUUUAAAACCUACAGCUAAUCAGAAGACACAGCUUUUAGUGCGGGCAGACACCAAUUUAGGCAACAUACUGCUCAAUGUGCUGGUCCCACCCAGUAUGCCGUGCGCUCGCACAGGGAAAAACAACGUGCUCGUCGUCUGCGUCCCAAACCCACCCAUUGGGGAGAAGAACGCCGCCACCCCGGUUCCCAUGCUAAUUCGGGUAAAAACAAGCGAGGAUGCAGAUGAGCUGCACCGAAUUUUACAGGAGAAAAAGGAUGCUUGAACACACUUUGGCUGAGGAGUUGUUGCCAAGUUGCUGCUUCCCCACCGCCCCCUAAACUUAGUUUUCAUCUCUUCCUCCUUUGACAUUCUGGGACUUAGAGAUAACUUAAAACUUUCGUGAGGAAGAUUAAUAUGGCCAAUAAAACCUUUAACGUUAAGUGUCAAGAAACUGUAUUCUUCCUUCUUAAGAACUGUCUAAUGGGUGAAAUACAUUUGAAAGGACAUUUUGGGAAGAUUUUUAAUGUUCAUUUAUUAAACUAACCGCAGGUGAUUUCUUAAUGGACUGAAAUCAGGGUAUCGAUUUGAUUUCCCAAAGGCUUUUCCGACCCAGGGGUUUGGGGUCAGCUGCCACCACCGGCGCGGCUUUUCGCGGCGGGGUGUCCGGAAGGGAGCCUGCCUGUGACCGUCCUCUUGCU